CUGCAAUUAGUACUACAAAAUAUCUCUCUGAAAACACACACACACAGAGAACAAUCAGGAAGAUGGUGUGUAUUCUGUUUGUGGCCCUGCUCCUGAGGCCGGUUUGCUGUGAAAUGAAUCUGGAUGCAUACUGGACCUCCUGGAAAAUGGAAUUCAAUAAAAAAUACAACAAUUCAGGUGAAGAAGUGUUCAGGAGAUCAGUGUGGCAACACAAUGUAAUGGACGUGAUGAAGCACAACGGGGAACAUCACAGCUUCAUGCUGGGGCUCAACCACCUGUCAGAUCUGACAGCAGAAGAAGUUAAUGCUAAGAUGAAUGGUCUGAGCAUGAAGAACAUUCCUCUGGAUUCUAAUGAGAACUUCACAGUGCUGAGUGACUCUCCUGUUCCAGACACACUGAACUGGACUGAGAAGGGUCUUGUCAGCCCUGUGCAAAACCAGGGUAUGUGUGGAUCCUGCUGGGCAUUUAGUGCAGUUGGGGCAUUAGAAGGUCAAAUGAUGAAGAAGUCGGGCCGCCUGGUUCCCCUGAGUGUACAGAACCUGGUGGACUGCAGUGUGAUGGAGGGAAAUCACGGCUGUAAAGGAGGAUUCAUGACUAAUGCUUUCAUGUAUAUUAUACACAAUAAAGGAAUCGACUCUGACGCCUUCUACCCUUAUACACACCAGGAUGGGUUGUGUCGAUAUUCUCCAAAAGGCAGAGCUGGAUUCUGCUCCAGUUUCAGGAUUCUUCCUCGUGUUAAUGAAUCUGUGCUGCUGAACACAGUGGCUCAGUUCGGACCUGUUUCUGUAGGAAUGAAUGCUAAACUGCCCUCAUUCCACAGAUACAAAAGUGGAAUUUAUACUGAUCCUCAUUGUGACCCCAGUACGGUGAAUCAUGCAGUUUUGGUUGUUGGAUAUGGAAGAGAAGGAGGACAGGAUUACUGGCUAAUCAAAAACAGUUGGGGUACAGAAUGGGGAGAGAAGGGUUAUUUCCGGAUGGCGAGAAAAAGAAAUCAGUGUGGAAUUGCUACAUUUGCUGUGUUCCCGAUUGUGUAAACCCUCUGAGUUGUUGAAUGCAGUGUUUAUUACAGGAUAUAAAAGGCAUUUUUGUAUUGGGUUCUUUUAUUGUUGUAAAUUUAUUAUUGUAUUGUAAAUCUUGAUUUAAAAGAAAUUAGUCUCAAUUAAAAAUAAACAUUAUACAUUUUAUAUUUUA